UUGCCCUGGGCGCUCGGACACCGCCUCCCAGGAUUAAAGCGAGAGCCGGGGAGGGUCGGGGACUCCGAGCUGGGCCGAGGAAGAAGCGAACUCCAGAGGAGCGGAGGAGAAGCAGGAGGAGGAAGGGGUGAGGGGAGGGGAGCUGCCCCGGAGCGCAGCAGGUCAACGCGAACGUUCCAAAUACCUCCCUUGACCCGAUGCUGCUGAUAACAUCAGGAUGGCUUUAAACUCAGGAUCAUCACCAGGUGUCGGGCCUUACUAUGAGAACCAUGGAUACCAGCCGGAAAGCUUGUACCCUCAGCAGCUGCCCACGGCUCCCCCUGCUUACGAGGUGUACCCUGCUCAGUACUACCCGCCCGUGGUGCCCCAGUACACGCCAAGGGUUCAGACGCACGCCUCGACACCUGUCAUCUACAGGCAGCCCAAACCUCCGUCCGGGACAGCGUGCACCUCAAAGACUAAGAAGGUCCUGUGCAUCACCUUCACCCUGGCGGCCCUGCUCGCAGGAGCGACCCUGGCCGCCGUCCUCCUCUGGAAGUACAUGGAGGACGGGUGCUCAGGGCUGAAGUGUGGCUCCUCUGGGACCUGUGUGAGCCCCUCUCUCUGGUGCGAUGGCAUCCUGCACUGCCCCAGUGGUGAGGACGAGAACAGCUGCGUUCGCCUCUAUGGACCGAACUUCAUCCUUCAGGUGUACUCGGCACAGAGGAAGUCCUGGCAUCCCGUGUGCCAGGACGACUGGACUGAGAGCUACGGGAGGGUGGCCUGCCAGGACAUGGGCUACCGGAAUAGUUUCUAUUCUAGCCAAGGGAUAGCUGAUAACAGCGGAGCCACAAGCUUUAUGAAGCUGAACACAAGCGCCAGCAAUGUCGAUCUCUACAAAAAACUCUACCACAGUGAUGUCUGCUCUUCAAAAACAGUGGUUUCUUUACGCUGUAUAGAGUGUGGCGUCUCCGUGAAGACGAGCCGCCAGAGCCGGAUCGUGGGGGGAUCGACUGCUUACUCGGGGGAAUGGCCCUGGCAGGUUAGCCUGCACGUGCAGGGCAUCCACGUCUGCGGCGGCUCCAUCAUCACCCCGGAGUGGAUCGUGACGGCCGCGCACUGUGUGGAGGAACCCCUUAACAAUCCCAAGAUCUGGGCAGCCUUUGCGGGAAUCUUGAAACAAUCUUACAUGCUCUAUGGAAGUGGAUACCGAGUAGCAAAAGUGAUUUCCCACCCAAAUUAUGAUUCCAAGACCAAGAACAAUGACAUCGCUCUAAUGAAGCUGCAGACGCCUCUGACUUUCAACGACAAAGUGAAACCAGUGUGUCUGCCCAAUCCAGGCAUGAUGCUGGAGCCAACUCAGUCAUGCUGGAUUUCCGGGUGGGGGGCCACCUACGAGAAAGGGAAGACCUCGGAUGACCUGAACGCGGCCAAGGUGCACCUCAUUGAGCCCUGGCAGUGCAACAACAAGUACAUGUACAACAACCUCAUCACGCCCGCCAUGAUCUGUGCAGGCUACCUGCAGGGCACCAUCGACUCCUGCCAGGGAGACAGUGGAGGUCCUCUGGUCACUCUGAAGAGCAGCAUCUGGUGGCUGAUCGGAGACACGAGCUGGGGGUCAGGCUGUGCCAAGGCGUACCGACCGGGAGUGUACGGGAACGUGACCGUGUUCACAGACUGGAUCUACCGACAAAUGAGGGCAAACAGCUAAUCUGUACGGCCUGGGUCCUUGGCAACAUUCCACAAGAAAAUGAAGGGGCUGAUUUUUAAUCUUCAUGCACUACGUAUUUUUUGAAGUGAUUCCAGUUCCUUUUGUAUUUAUUCGAUCAUGAUCCUGUAUGUCUUGGCCCUUUCCACAGUUCUGUGCAGACCCUGUGGCUCUACUACCCCCGGGCCCACCCUUCCAUAACCUUCGUCUGACCAGGGAGGCUGGCUGGACGUGGACAGCAGAGCCAGUUCAGAGCAAGGGGAUGGGGUCUGCCCCGCGGGGACCUUCCCUCGGGCCCCAUUCCAGGGACCCCUCUUGGAUGCACAUGGGGCUGGCGACUUCUCAGC